AUGGGGAAGUGUGGCUUGGCACGCAAAUAUAUUGCGCUACAGCCCAUAGGUAUGCUUAUUAUUGGACUUAGUGAAAAGCGCCACAUCCGUUUAAAUGAUUUGAAGAUCGAAAUUGCAUCGAUAAAAGAUAGCAUUAGAAGGUUCAGAAUAUCGGCACAUGCGCUGGAUCCAAUAACAACAGAGAACAAGGAUUUAUCGGGGCAAUUAAGCGAGGGUUUUGUGGGCUACGCUAAGAAUAUCAGCACCGAAAUUCGCGAUAACCAGGCCGCCCAGCAACAUCGACGACAUCGACAAUUUCGACAAUUCACCCACCCAACUCUACGCCUAUCCCCAUACCCGGUCGAUUGCCCCUUCAACGCCAUGGCUCAAGUCGACAUCCAAACCUCGUCAUGGAAGCUCGUUGAGGUCGGCCGUGUUGUGCUGAUCCGGAGCGGUCCUUACACGGGAAAGCUGGCUGUUAUCGUUGAGAUAAUCGAUCACAAGCGCGUCUUGGUCGAUGGUCCCGCCGGCCAAGAGAACAAAGUCGUUCCUCGACAUUCCCUCCCUCUCGCUCACGCCACCCUCACACCUUUCACCAUCCCUAAACUCCCUCGCUCGGCUGGUACCGGACCCGUCAAGAAGCUCUGGGAGAAGGAGGAGAUCGAUUCCAAAUGGGCCAACAGCCAGUUCGCCAAGAGGAGGGAACAGGCUGAUCGGAGACGGAAUCUCACCGACUUCGAACGGUUCAAGGUUAUGAGACUGAAGAAACAGGCCCGCUCCGAGGUGCAAAAGGCACACGCUAAGAUCCGUGCUUCUGCUUCAUAA